GUGCCCAGCAACCGCCGGCGGUAUGCCGGCAGAGGAGGAGCCCAUCAAUAUGGAAGGCAGAGAGACGCCGCAACAAUUCUGCCUAAGGUGGAACAAUUACCAAAGCAAUUUAACAUCAUGUUUUGACCAGUUACUCCAGACGGAAUUAUUCGUAGAUGUAACUCUGGCGUGUGAGGGCCAAAAAUUAAAAGCGCACAAAUUGGUGCUUUCGGCAUGCAGCCCAUAUUUCCAAGAACUUUUAAUAGAUAACCCGUGUCAACAUCCCAUAAUAAUUAUGAACAAUGACAUUAAAUAUUGCGAUUUAAAGGCGGUAGUAUAUUAUAUGUACCGUGGCGAAAUAAAUGUGUCCGAAGACCAAAUACCUGCGUUGCUGAAGGUGGCUGAGACGCUAAAAAUCCGCGGCCUGACGGACGUAAGCCCCUCGCAGUCAAUGUUGCACGAAGAGGGCCGUACACCCAAAAGGACCAUGACUCGGGAUAAGUCGCCACAACCGGAGCGCACGCGCCGUCGCCUUUCAGAAAACCGCGAGGCGGCCGGUUCGCAAGAGACACGGCGCGCUUCUCCCGGGUCGCCGCCGGCAGCUCCUGCCGACCUGUCCGGCUCCCGCGGCGCCUCGCCCGGAGACGCGCCGCCGCCGCCGCCGAUGCCGCCGCUGCCCACCGACGACGCAGACAUCAGGCCCGGCAUCGCGGAAAUGAUUCGGGAGGAGGAGAGGGUGAGUAUCCACGUGGCGCACGCCGUUUCUCAAAGUUUUCCCGCCGGUGCGAGGCGGCGCGGUGGUGCGCGGUACAGUGGAGCCCCGCGCGCUCUCCGCACCACCCGCGCCACCUCGCACCGCCCCUACGACGGACUAAACUUUCCGUAUCGCAUUGCAUUACGUGUAAUUUAUUUUGGAGGUUCUACAUUGUUCCCACUAAUGUUAAAGUUGUAA